GCUUAACCCAUUUAAUUAAUCAGAAACCCAAAGUUUCACAAAUGGCCUACUCAAUGUGUCUAACCGUUCUUGAUUCAAUCCGAAAUUGCAAACCCUCUAUACUGCUCCCAUCUAAAACACCUUUCUCAGAUCUAAGAAAAGAAAACUCAAGUCACGAUGUUACUAUUGUUCGACGAUCAGCAAAUUAUCAUCCUACCAUCUGGCAUUAUGAUUACAUCCAAUCAUUAAGUAGUGAAUAUGUGGGGGAGACAUUCACCAAAAAAGUUGAUAAGUUGAAGGGAGAAGUUACAAUGAUGUUUCACAAAGUAGUCGUGGAUCCAUUAGAGCAACUCAAACUGAUUGAUGUCUUGCAAAGACUAGGAGUAUCUUACCACUUUGAGGAUGAAAUAAAGAGCAUAUUGGAAAAUAUAUACAAUACUCAUCAUAGUGGUGAUCAUGUGUGCAAGAAGCAGAGUUUAUAUGCCACGGCUCUUGAAUUUAGACUGCUAAGACAACAUGGAUAUAAAGUACCUCAAGAGACUUUCAAGAGUUUCACCGAUGAAAAUGGAGAUUUCAAAGAAUGUCUUUGUAAUAAUACUGAAGAAGUGUUGGCUUUGUACGAAGCCUCCUUCCUCUUGAUAGAAGGUGAAAGCAUCUUGGAGGAAGCAAGACAUUUUGCAACCAAACAUCUCAAAGACUAUGUAGAGAAAAGCAAAGAUCAAAAUCUUCGUACAAUGGUGAACCACGCUCUAGAGCUUCCAUUGCAUUGGAGAAUGAUAAGGUUGGAAGCAAGGUGGUUCAUUGAUGUAUAUAGUAGUAGAGAAGAUUUGAACCCUAGCUUGCUUGAGUUUGCAAGAUUGGAUUUCAACAUGGUACAAGCAGUCCACCAAGAAGAUCUAAAAGCAGUAUCGAGAUGGUGGAAGAGCACUGGCCUUGGAGAAUUGAGCUUUGCGAGGGAUAGGGUGGUGGAGAGUUUCUUAUGGACAGUGGGAGCAUCAUUUGAACCUCAAUUUGGGUAUAAGAGGAGAAUGGUAACAAGACUAUAUGCAUUGAUUACAACAAUAGAUGAUGUGUAUGAUGUAUAUGGCACUUUGGAUGAACUUGAGCUCUUCACAGAUGUUGUUGAAAGAUGGGAUAUCAAUGCAAUGGAACAGCUUCCUCAUUAUAUGCAAAUUUGUUUCCUUACCCUCUACAAUUCGAUUAACGAAAUAGCUUUUAACAUUCUCAAAGAAAAAGGAUUCAACAGUGUUCGAUACCUUAAAAGGGUGUGGGCAGAUUUAUGUAGAUCUUAUUUGUUGGAGGCAAAGUGGUACUACAAAAGAUAUACACCAAGUCUUCUAGAAUACUUUGGAAAUGCAUGGACUACAAUAGCAGGACCAAAUAUAUUGGCGCAUUCUUAUUUUCUUGUGACCAACCCUAUAACAAAGGAAGCCUUGGAUUUAUUGGAAGAGUAUCCAGAUAUAAUUCGUUGGAUUGCAUUGAUUGUGCGACUCGCAGAUGAUCUCGGAACAUCUACGGAUGAGAUAGAGAGGGGUGAUAAUCCUAAAUCAAUACAAUGUUACAUGAAUGAUACUGGUGCUAGUGAGAAAGAUGCUCGUGAGUUCAUAAGAUCUUUGAUUAGUGCAACAUGGAAAAAGGUUAAUGAAGAACGUGGUGCAAGUUCCUCCUUCAGUGAAACUUUUAUUGAAAUCGGAAUGAACAGUGCAAGAGUGUCCCAAUGCAUGUACCAGCAUGGAGAUGGGCAUGGAAUUGAAGACCGUGAAACUAAGGACCGUGUUUUAGCAUUGCUUGUUCAUCCCAUACCCAUACCUGAAGACUAAAGAAUGAUGGUUAUAUACGGUUACGUGAUUGAAGCUUCAACUUCAAAUAUGUCAUUAAUUUGUAAUAAAUUACAUACAAAUAUUUCCAUUUCUUUUUUAUAUUUGGAGAUCACUAGAUUUUCCAAAAGGUAACUUGGCUGUAUCUCAAUACCAAUACCGCUGCUUUCGAAAAUAAAUGUCGAACAAGCCAAACCAAAAAUAUUCCCUUAUUUUGCUUAGAAAGAAAUAAAUAUGCACUUUAUUUUAAUA